AUUCUCUUAAAUGUUUUUGGAGCGUUUGACUCGUUUACACUUUCUUUUUUUUGUGGAUGUGAUAGGUUUUGUUUUGAUCGUGGCUCCCAUCGAAAUGGUGUCAAAUGAAGAUAAAUUAAUACAUCUAUUUAUAAUAUGGUCUGUUGCUACGUUAGCUCGCUAAUUAAGCAACAAUUUAAUCACGACACAACAGCUAAUUAGCUAUCUUUUGCCAAAGCUGCUACGUAGCUAGCGCAACAACACUGCUGAAACUCGGGAGACGUUAGCUAGCUACCCUAAUCUAGUUUGAUGGAGUGCCCUCAUUUGAACUCCAAUGUUUGCAUUACCAUAGAUUCCUCAAGCUUCCCCCAUGGUUCCCCAUCCUCCUGGUGUUGCAGCGUUUGCAGGUCAAACAAAAGUCCCUGGGUAUGUCUUACCUGUCUCAAUGUGCAUUGUGGGAGGUAUGUGAAUGCUCAUGCUAAGCAGCACUAUGAGGACAGCCAGAGUCAGGUGACUGGAGGUGCUGGUCAGAAGAGAUGUGAGGAGCAGGAGAAGAACGCUCAGCACCUGGUCUGCAUGGACUGCAGCAGCUACAGUCUCUUCUGUUACAGGUGUGAUGACUUUGUAGUGAACGACACCAAGCUAGGACAUGUGCAGAAGGUGAGAGAGCAUCUACGGAGUCUGGACAACUCUCCGCUGGCUGUUGACAGACGGACAAAGAGGAAACUUCUGGAAAGCAACUCUCCUACCAGUAAACUGUUGAAGGACAAUGGUGGGGCCUCCGCUCUCUCUGCCAUGGGAUUACGUAACCUAGGCAACACAUGCUUUAUGAACGCCAUCCUGCAGUCUCUCAGCAACAUCCAGCAGUUCAGCUGUUAUUUCAUGGAGCUGCCAGCGGUGGCGCUGCGGAGCGGGAAGACUGCAGGGCGACGGAUGUACCACACCCGCAGCCAGGGGGACACCAGUGUGUCCUUGGUGGAGGAGUUGAGGAAGACCCUGUGUUAUCUGUGGCAGGGUGGCCCAACAGCCUUCAGCCCUGACUCUUUGUUCUACGUUGUCUGGAAAAUCAUGCCCAGCUUCAGGGGGUACCAGCAGCAGGAUGCUCAUGAGUUCAUGCGUUACCUGCUGGACCAUCUCCAUAGAGAACUACAGGGCGGUCUGAACGGAGCCAAGCACCCCGCUCUCCCCGUUCCACCGGAUUCUGUUAAAGUGUCAGGAGACAACCCUACUCUGUCACAAGACGGGCUCCCGGUACCCCAGGACGAGGGCAAACUGCCCGCCGCGGGGGGAAAAUGCUGCAUAAACGGCAGUUCUACUGUGGUCACAUCUAUAUUUGGCGGCGUUCUGCAGAAUGAAGUCAACUGCCUGAUCUGUGGGACUGAGUCUAGAAAGUUUGACCCUUUCCUUGAUCUGUCCCUGGAUAUUCCCAGUCAGUUCAGACACAAGAGAGCCAAGGACCAAGAGCCUGGUCCUACCUGCACGUUACGAGACUGCCUGUGUAGCUUCACUGACCUGGAGGAACUAGACCAGGCAGAGCUCUAUAUGUGCCACAGGUGUAAGAAGAGACAGAAAUCAACCAAGAAGUUCUGGGUCCAGAAGCUGCCCAAGGUGUUGUGUCUGCACCUGAAGAGGUUCCACUGGACAUCCUACCUGAGGAACAAAGUAACCACCUAUGUCGAGUUCCCUCUACGAGGCCUGGACAUGAGGGGGUAUUUACUACAGCCGGAGGAGGCGUUGCCUGACCGGUGGCUGUAUGACCUGGUAGCUGUGGUGGUGCAUCAUGGGUCAGGGGUUGGAUCGGGACAUUACACAGCGUACGGAAAACGGGAGGGUCGCUGGUACCACUUCAACGACAGCACAGUGACUCUGACUGAGGAGGAGACGGUGGUUAAAGCCAAGGCUUACAUUCUUUUCUACACAGAGAGAUCUGACAAAACUACACCUGAGACUGACACCAGGCGUUAACCUGGCUUCAGACUGUUCCUGACAGCAGACUGUUCCCGACCCCAGACUGACAGCAGACUGUUCCCGACCCCAGACUGACAGCAGACUGUUCCCGACCCCAGACUGACAGCAGACUGUUCCCGACCCCAGACUGACAGCAGACUGUUCCCGACCCCAGACUGACAGCAGACUGUUCCCGACCCCAGACUGACAGCAGACUGUUCCCGACCCCAGACUGACAGCAGACUGUUCCCGACCCCAGACUGACAGCAGACUGUUCCCGACCCCAGACGGACAGCAGACUGUUCCCGACCCCAGACGGACAGCAGACUGUUCCCGACCCCAGACGGACAGCAGACUGUUCCCGACCCCAGACGGACAGCAGACUGUUCCCGACCCCAGACGGACAGCAGACUGUUCCCGACCCCAGACGGACAGCAGACUGUUCCCGACCCCAGACGGACAGCAGACUGUUCCCGACCCCAGACGGACGGCAGACUGUUCCCGACCCCAGACGGACGGCAGACUGUUCCCGACCCCAGACUGACGGCAGACUGUUCCCGACCCCAGACUGACGGCAGACUG